CUUGUCUUCUCCUGCAGCCUCCUGAUGAAGAGGAAACUCUUCCUCUACAACUUCAAGAACCUGCGCUGGGCCAAGGGCCGGCGUGAAACCUACCUCUGCUACGUUGUGAAGCGCCGUGACAGUGCCACAUCGUGCUCCCUGGACUUUGGUUACCUACGCAAUAAGAUGGGUUGUCACGUCGAGGUGCUCUUCCUGCGCUACAUCUCAGCCUGGGACCUGGACCCGGGCCGCUGCUACCGCAUCACCUGGUUCACCUCCUGGAGCCCUUGUUACGACUGCGCCCGACACGUGGCCGACUUCCUGCGCGCCUACCCCAACCUGACCCUCCGCAUCUUCACGGCGCGCCUCUACUUCUGCGAGGACCGCAAGGCAGAGCCUGAGGGUCUGAGGCGCCUGCACAGGGCAGGGGCCCAAAUUGCCAUCAUGACCUUCAAAGAUUACUUCUACUGCUGGAACACGUUUGUGGAGAAUAGGGAAAAGACAUUCAAAGCCUGGGAAGGGCUGCAUGAAAACUCCGUCCAUCUGUCCAGGAAACUUCGACGGAUCCUCCUGCCACUGUACGAAGUAGACGAUUUACGAGAUGCCUUUAAAACUCUGGGACUUUGA